CUCAUACGUCAUUUUACAAUUUAGGAGAUUAGAUUUUGCCGGCAUCUAAUACUGACUACAGCAAAGUGUUGUGACUUAGAUAAAUAAUAAAAUACGACAAAAGAUUAUUGUUAAUAACAAUAAUAAUUAUUAUUAUAAAUAUUGAUUAAAGUACAUAAUCAUCAACAUCAUCAAAAUGACUGAGGAAGUUAAUCCAAAAGCAUAUCCAUUAGCUGAUGCUACAUUGACAACAAAAAUUUACAAUUUGGUUCAACAAGCAAUGAAUUACAAACAGCUAAGAAAAGGAGCAAAUGAAGCAACUAAAACACUCAAUCGUGGUUUAUCAGAAUUUAUUGUAAUGGCUGCUGAUGCUGAACCAUUGGAAAUAUUAUUACAUUUACCAUUAUUAUGUGAAGAUAAAAAUGUACCAUAUGUUUUUGUCAGAAGUAAGCAAGCAUUAGGACGUGCAUGUGGUGUUUCAAGACCAGUUGUUUCCUGUUCAAUAACAGUCAAUGAAGGAUCACAACUUAAACCACAAAUUCAAGCUAUUCAACAAGAAAUUGAACGUCUAUUGGUUUAA